AUGUCUUCCACACUAUUGUGGGAGAGGACUGAAGCGAAACAAACCUCGCCACUUCUUGUUCUGAAACAUGGUCAAAAACGGGUCGUGGUCAAACGGCAAAGGUCGUAUGAUCUUAUGCUUGACUCCGCAUGCAAACACUUUCCAAGCAUUCCGAGAGAUGUAGUCACGUUGCAGACCAAUCAACUCGAUGUUUGCGAUGGCCACUUUGUAGACAUCACGGCUGAAACGUGGGACGAAAUCAUUGACUUGGUUACCUUCGUUGAGGUGACUCGUGCGGAAAUGGCAUUGCCCGUCCCACUGCCACUUGAUACUUGGGCUAUUUCAUUGCCUGACAAUCGACCGGCGCCAAGUCAGGUUAACAAUAGAAACAACUCCAGGAACGGUGGUAAAAUCACAAUCAAAUUGGUUUUUCCAUCUGGCGAGAUUCGUUCUACCAAAAUUCCGAGAUCAACGCGGGUAGACAAACUUGUUGCUGAUGCUAGUCGCAUGUUAGGAUAUUGUCCCACUGAUGUCGAGGCGAUUUGGGGUGGGACAACGAUGCGUCAGGACUGGAGUAUCGGAUCAUACAACAUCAAGAAUGGUGACUUCAUCAAUCUUCAGGCAUUGAGUAUCGGAUCGUACGACAUCGAGGAUGGUGACUCAGACUCCUUCAAUCCUCAGGCAAUGCUGGAGUUGCGUGGUAGAAAGCCAGUCAUUUAUCUAUACUCGCCCUCCGAUAUCGAUGUCUCUGUCAAGCUCUCCCUCACUCCUGAGUGGAGCCUCUCUGCCAUUUACCCCAUUGUUGCUACCAAGGACCACGGACAGCAUAUAGAAUGGAAUGUCCGCACCCAUCAAGAUGGCAGUCUGACGGAACAUAAUUCUGGUUUAGAUGUAGCGUACCUAUUCUGGGAGGCGGAGACAAAUUUGCAAGCAUUUCCCCGGUCACCAGCAUCCAAACCACAGCCAUCGGAUACAUUCAGUCCCACAUCCAGCAGUCUCAGCGAUACGGAUUCAGUCGUCAUUCCAGUCGAAAAAAUAACUGUUUAUCUCGAUAAAUCACUCAAGGCUCUGGGACUUCAUACCGAAGCUAGAACAUCAUUCAUAACCUACUGGCUACCAUCCAUCCUCAAGCACGAAUACAUCGCCCUCCGAUUCGUCCCUCAAGCAGCAUACGAACGCGCCGCUUCUUUAAGCAUCUCUCCACAGCCUGACGUCGUGACUCGCGUGUUCAUGCUGUUCAGGGGUAUCUCUAAGGAGCACUUGGCAAAUUGGUCUUACGCCCAGAUGCAAGCCGAGAGAGACGUUGCCUGGUGGGUGGAUGUAGUUGGAGUGGAUCUUGCAAGGGCCGGUGAUACGGCUUUGUUCAGGGUGUUGGAAUGGGGAGGGAUGGAAGUUCUCAUUUGA